AUGAAGAGCUUACGGAGAGAUACGUCUACCAACCCGCAAGCUGCGAACGUUACCAGCAAGGUCUACGUGCGAUCCACAAGAAGUGGAAAAGUGCAAAAGAUUGUUCGCGAGCUUUACUUGAGAGAAGACAUUCCUUGCUCUUCGAAGCUCUGCUCGCAAUGCCCCAAGAUUGCCCCUGCCGAUGCCAAUGGAAACAUUGCGCCGUUCAUCCUGUCCGAUCGCCCCGCCGGCACGAAGGCAUUCUCCAAAGGCCACUACCUUCUUCCCGAUACAAAUGCGCUUCUUAAUGGAAUGGACCUCUUUGAGCACACUGGUGCUUUCUACGAUGUGAUCAUUCUUCAGACCGUCCUCGAAGAGUUGAGAAACAGAUCACUACCACUCUACAACCGUCUUCUAGCUUUAAUCAAGUCAGACGAGAAGCGCUAUUACCUCUUCUUCAAUGAGUUCCGCCGUGAGACUCAUGUUCGUAGAGGCCUGGAGGAAUCUAUCAAUGACAGGAACGAUCGCGCUGUGCGCACGGUAGCCAGCUGGUAUGGAACCCAUUUACAACAGUCGGCAAAGAAGGCGAAGAAGGAGAAGACGAUGCCAACUAUUGUGGUCAUCACCGAUGAUAAGGAGAAUCUUCGGAAGGCGAAGGAAGAGAAUGUUACAGCCUUGUCACUAUCCGACUACGUCACCGGUUUGGAAGGUUCAGAGUUCUUGUUGGACAUGAUCAGCGACUCAAAGGAUGCGCGGGAUGCAAAGGAGGCAGCUCGUGGAGACCUUUUCUAUCCCGAGUACUUUUCCAUGUCCAAACUCACGACUGGCCUCCGCGCAGGGACAUUGCACCAAGGUAUCUACAACGUUUCACCCUAUAACUAUCUGGAAGGCUCCGUCAAGACGUCCGCUUUUGAUAAGCCGCUUCUCAUUUUGGGCCGCGACAACAGCAACCGCGCAAUCUCGGGAGACUCUGUUGUGGUUGAAAUCUUGCCACAAGACCAGUGGAAGAUGCCCUCGACCAAGAUCAUGGACGAGGAAGCUGUGACCCGGAACGACAACCCUGAUAGUGAAGAAAAUGAGGCUGUGGUUACGGAAAAGGAACGCAAAGCUCUCCAGGAAGAGGUGAAGAAGGCCCACGGCAAGAAUGCAGAAGGCAAGCCUCAACCCACCGCCAAGGUUGUUGGUGUUAUCAAGCGCAGCUGGCGCCAAUACGUUGGCCACGUCGACUCUGGUUCUACCGGCUCCCAAGCUGCAUCAGGUCGACGACAACAAAAUGUCUUCUUGUUGCCAAUGGACAAGCGGAUUCCGAAGAUCAGGGUACGAACCAGACAAGCUGCCGAUCUGCUCGGUCAGCGUAUUCUCGUCACCAUCGAUGCUUGGGAUCGGGACUCCCGAUACCCUACUGGUCACUUCAUUCGAUCCCUGGGUGAGCUUGAGACUAAGGGUGCUGAAACCGAGGCUCUGCUGCUGGAAUAUGACGUGCAGUAUAAGCCGUUCCCCAAGUCCGUUCUGGACUGUCUCCCGUCUGAAGGACACGAUUGGAAGGUUCCUGCGUCGAAGGAGGACAAGGGUUGGAAUGGCCGGAGAGAUCUUCGUGACCUGCUGAUUUGCAGUAUCGAUCCUCCCGGCUGUCAGGAUAUUGACGACGCACUCCACGCGCGUCAACUGCCAAAUGGAAACUUUGAAGUUGGUGUCCACAUUGCAGAUGUGUCGCACUUCGUUAAGCCCAACAACCCAAUGGAUCUUGAGGCCAGUGUUCGCGGUACUACCGUUUACCUCGUGGACAAGCGUAUUGACAUGCUGCCGCAUCUUCUUGGCACAGACCUGUGCUCCCUCAAACCCUACGUUGAACGCUAUGCCUUCUCAGUCCUGUGGGAGAUGACUCCCGAGGCCGAAAUUGUGUCUUCCGACUUCACCAAGUCUGUCAUUCGCUCCCGGGAAGCAUUUAGUUACGAGCAAGCCCAAUUGCGUAUCGACGAUAAGUCACAGAAGGACGAGCUUACCGACAGCAUGCGCAAUCUCUUGAAGUUCUCCAAGGUUCUUCGCCAGAAGCGUAUGGAUGCUGGCGCUCUGAACCUUGCCUCUCCUGAAGUUCGCAUCGAGACCGAAGGUGAUGAAGUGGGUGAUCCUUUGACAGAUGUCAAGACCAAGGCCAUGCUCGAGACCAACAGCUUGGUUGAAGAGUUCAUGCUUCUCGCCAACAUCACUGUCGGCUCCAAGGUCUAUGAGGCCUUCUCACAGACUGCCUUACUGCGCCGACACGCUACGCCCCCGCCGCAGAACUUCGAGGACCUCACUAACCAACUUUCCAAAAAGCGAAACAUGGAACUUGAUGUCUCCAGCUCAAGAGCUUUGGCUGACUCCCUGGAUCGCUGUGUCGACCCCAAGAACCCCUUCUUUAAUACUCUUGUUCGUAUCUUGGCGACUCGUUGCAUGACCUCUGCCGAGUACUUCUGCGCAGGUGCGCAUGCCGAAUCCGAGUUCCGUCAUUACGGUCUUGCCUCCCCCAUCUACACUCAUUUCACUUCUCCCAUUCGUCGUUAUGCCGAUCUACUCGUCCAUAGACAACUGGCUUCCGCCAUUGGUUAUGAAGGCGAGGAUGGACACGCUGUCAUCGAGGGUGUCAGCACUCGCAGCAAGCUGGAGGACAUUUGCCGUAACAUCAACGUUCGCCACCGCAAUGCCCAGUUUGCCGGCCGUGCCAGUAUCGAGUACUACGUUGGUCAAGCUCUCAAGGCCCGUGGCGAGAAGGUCGCUGCAGCAGGUAAAGAUUCCGGCAUCGAGGAAGACGGCUACGUUAUGCGUGUCUUCGAGAACGGUGUCGUUAUUUUCGUUCCCCGCUUCGGUAUUGAAGGCGUCGUUCGUCUGGAGGACUUUGUUCUGCCCGGCGAAUCUGGAUCUCGUUCCGUUGCCGAAAGACGAGAGCUCGCACCCCAUCGCACCACUGACUUUGAUAGCGAGGAGUACACUCUUCGCGUGGGCGAGAAGGGCCACCCUGAGAAGGAACGUGGUGUCACUGUCGAGCUCUUCCAGCGCGUUCGUGUCAAUGUCAGCUCCGUCAAGGAAGAAGGUCGUGGUGCCGGAAAGAGAAGGGUCCGGAUCAUGGUUAUCGAGGCAUAG